AUGGUUACUGUUCAGGAUCUGCCGCUAGAAGCUUUGCAGCAGAUAUGUGGUUUCGUUGCUUCUAGCUAUAGACCCAGCCUCUAUGACUUUACUCUUGUAUGCAAACGCUGGUUCCUCGCAUCAAACGCAAUACGGUUCCAAAAAAUCCGCUUAACUGUUGAGAACCCCAAAAAACUGAGUACAGAUUUGGAUCAUUGGAAUGACGUACUGCGGAGUACGUCCGGUUUCGGAUCUGUUCGUCGACUCGAGUUUGAAGGGGAGCUCCUGGCUGAUGGGAGUGCCUGUGCCGCAAAGCAAACGGGAACGCUACAGGAUUUUAUGGUUGACAGUGAUGACGAACUUGAAAGCAUGUUAUAUACCAAGUAUAAAAAUAUUGCAGAGCUCCCAGAGGUGACCAUAGAGCUUGAUACCCACUGGACCCCGGUGGCUCAUUUCGUGGCUCAACUCCGAGCUCUCCGGGACCUUGUCUUCGACUGCACUAACCAGUUUCCACCAUGCUUGCUAGAUGUGCUGCACCAAACACUACCCAACUGCAGGCUUCACCUCCAUACUUUCGGGCUUAGAAAUCUCUAUUCUUACACGGGAUGGGCGCGAGAUCUAACCCAACACGAGUAUGCGCUGGCUACUUCUCCUUCUUUGCACUGUAUUACUCUACUUUAUGGCGAGGGAGACCCUGAAACGCAAGUUGAUUAUCAUGACUUAGCUGUGAUGAGAAUGAGUCAAGGGCUGGCACCGAAUCUAAGACAUGUACGAGUUGCUGCCAAUUCAAUCUCACAGCUCACCUACAACAUAGGCGCUAGACAGCGGCCAAAACGAGACGUUUUCCCUAAUGAUACCCAGGAUCCCAAUAUUCGCGGAGAACUUUACUCCCUAAAGCUUAGUGGAGCCUUAUUCGGCGGACUUCAGGCAUGGAAUGAACGAAUUGUCUUUUCAUCGUUGCAGGAGCUUAUCCUAGACACUGCCAUAGACCCCUUCAGCUUGGAGGAGGCAAGCGCGUAUAAUUUCACCUCGCUUAGGACCCUUUCUCUACGCCUAGAGAGCGACAUGUUAGGAGAAAAUGGGUUACUAGACGAGGCGACGAGUGUAUUUCUUCGAAGCUUGCCUCCGCUCACCGCUCUUAAGUUGGUGAAUAAUUUUGGCCAUGAAACAUUUAAGGCCAUAAUAGAGCGCCAUACCUCACUACAGCGGAUCUGGCUCUCACCCCAAAGAAAACAUUAUCAACAAGAGCCAGCAUUUACCUUAACUUUGGAUAAAAUCCAGGAUCUCACCUCACACUGUUCAGAGUUGAGAAAGGUCUGCCUUCUCGUCCCACGGAUUCUGGACCAUUCAGUAGAUAUGGCCAUAUACCAGUCCUUAGGCCGUCUUCCCCAGCUAAAAGAUUUACGUCUAUAUCGUGAAGGUUUCUGUCGUUUUGACUUUGACCUUUUUUUGUCGGUCGAAGGUACCGGUCGGGACGGUUUGGCACAGUUAGGGGAGGCAUCUCAAGAUGCAGCGCUCAAUGAUGACGUCGCUCGCCAUAUCUUCCAUGAGAUCUACCAGGCGCAAUCGAAACGAGGGAGGCCAGUUUUUGAGCGGCUCAGAAUACAAUACGUGAACUUUACAAACGACCCUCCCGAUGCGGUUCGCGGGCUCCUUGAUGUGUCCAACCUUGGCUUCUCCGUUACUCUAAGCCCGACUCAAACACAUGUUUGUCGUGAGGCCGUUACACAGGGAUACCGUCCACCGCAUUUAGUAGUAACGGCUGGCUCUCAUAUUCCUGAAGCUAUUAUGCGCAGAAUUCAACAGCUCUCGACUUAG